UUUUCAGCCCAAAAAUGACGGAUUUAGACACUUCAUCCGCUCAAAUACGGGCUUCGCAGAGCGAUUUAUCGAUUGCCAACUCAUCGCCACGUCUGCUGGAGUCCAACGCAACUACUUCUACAGCGUGCAUCAACGACGUUCAACAGCCGGUUCGACGCGAUUUGAGCUCGGAACUCCUCUGUCCACUGUGUGAUCAGCUUUUCGACAGGCCCGUAAUGGUAACAUGUGGGCACUCGUACUGUGAGCCGUGCAUCGAACGACAUACACGUGAUACGAGAGCCUGUGUAAUCUGUAAACUCGACGUUGGACCAUUUGCAGCGAUGAUUCCCAGCAUUACACUUGAUAAUAUGGUCCGAAAAUUGAAAAACCAGGAGAAUAUCGAGAGCAGCUACGACGAUUUGUUCAUUUGUGAGGAAAAGCUCCAAAAAGCGCCAACACCACCAAUUUCGGAGGAAAUUCCGGCUCAAAAAAUGACGAGAAGCCUGUCACAACGGUCUAAACGACGCUUAUUCUUCUCAAUUGCGGGCCCAACGAUUUGCUCGAGCCCAAUCACCCCACACCGCCGUCGCCCACUGUCGCCAAGUGCUCGUCCCGCCAAAAGUUCUCUGAAAAUCCCGCCGGAGCCGCUGAACCACUCGCUCUCACCUCCAGGAUUCCAUAACAGUCACCACCACCGAGACGAUUCUCUGGUGCUCGCCGGCGGAAAUUUCCGCCGAAAUGGAUUCGGCCGACGUUCGGAACGCUUCACCGCCGCCACCACCAGUGCACAAAGUUUUGCUGAAAGUUCGCAGAUUUCCACUGGAAAUUCGUCGAAAAUCGAUGACGAGUCCGACGGGACAAAGCUGAAGCGCAACUCGUUCCUUCGUAGAUCACUCAACGCGUUUCGCUCGAAAAGCUCCGGCAAAGAGCAAAAGAGCUUCCGAGUUUUUGCUCAGAUCCCUGAGCACCCCACGGAGCACCAUGAUGUUCCAGAAGGAGACGUGGAGCAUUUGCUCCCAGAGAAGCCGACCAAAUCCAGCAUAAGAUCGCUCUGGAAGCGGCUUUUCAUGCCGAAAAAGGUGUCAAAAGUGUCGCCAGCGGCCGUCCAGCUGCUGAGCCAAUCGCCCAGCACCACUGACGAACGGAGCCACCACCACACCACAAUCUCAUUUGUUCGGCUCGAAAAUGAGCACGACGAUCCGGAAUAUGAUGAGCCGUUGCAAUUGUCAAAGUUCUCGGCUCUCGGCUAUUAUACUGGAAUAGGCCGGAAGUUUGAGCGUGUCGCAUCGGGCUGUGAGAUUACGCUCGUCGUUUUUGGACACUCUGGAGCCGGAAAAACCACUUUUGUUCGCGCGAUUCGUCAACUAUUCCUGGAGGGCACCGACCGUAUUCGCAUAAUUCCGAUCGCCGAGCGAUAUCGGCUCGCUGGAAUCGGAAUGAUGCCGUUCCCGGAGGGAGAUAACCGUCUUCCGCACAUCGUUUCGAUGGUGCUCAACAACGACGAGACUGACAUGGAAUACGUGCUGGACAUUAUCGAUCCGGAAUAUGAUAAUUCGAAUCUUCCGCAGGCAUAUAUGGACGCCUGUGACGCUGCCUACCUACUCGUCGACACCCGGAACCCGGCUUCAAUACUGUCGGCUCAUCAGAUUCAUCGAAAUAUGAAACAUGCUCAGCACAUUCAUGUGCAAUGUGAAAUGCUUAUGAACGUCCCAUCGGAGGCUUCAGGCCAAACACGUGUACUUUCUGCAAAUGCACUCGAAACUACGAUGAAAACGAUACCGAUUCGUGAUGUGUGUGCUAAUCAACUGGAUAAAGGAGUCGUGGAAGAGAUGCUCCUCUCAAUUUGUGAACGUGUAACGACCGCCCGUAAUCCUCAAACUCCCACGUCAUCACCCAUUGCCACGUCAUCAUCACCGUCAUAGAGGAUUACGGUAGCACUACAGUACCCCGCAGCCCCGCCCACGCAAAGAAAAUGUGUUUAAAUAUUCUAUUCUAUUUCUAUUUUUAUUUAUGAUAUUUAUCGAUUUUUUUCUUCCUAUUUAUAUAUUUUUUUAAUUGAUUUUUCGCGCCUCCCCCACGAAUUUUAAGCAUUUUUUUUGUACUACGGUAGUUUUAGCCACCACGACCCCAUUUUUCACGUUAUUUUUUCUGUCUGUGUGUGUGCGCCUUUAAAAUUAGAGAUAAAAUUGAUUGUAUUACUAGA